AUGUACCACUGCCGAGUCCAGUACGAGAAAAAGGAUACACUCUUCGAACUGCCUCAACAAACAAAAUUCCACCACAAAACUUAUUAUGAUCUGCUUCUUACCAUACAUGAUCAUCGAUCACCAAUUGGUGAAACUAUCGACUUGAAAGAUAUCAUCGAGAAGACUGCAUCCCUAUCACUGUCGUUGACAUCUCCUACUCCUUUUACCACAUCUUGGACCGGUACUAUCAGCAAUGCGACCCCUGUCAGUAUUCCGACUAUUGACCCGACGUCUCAAUGGCCAGUAAGUAUCAGCAAUGUAACCUAUGGCAUUAAUCUAUCCGGUAAUGCUACAUCUCAAUGGCGAAACAAACUCAGCAACGUCACCUCAAUCUUUGUUUCAACCCUUAAUUCCACUUCUCAAUCGCCAAGUUUGGUUACUUUCAUACCAUCUGGAACAAUCGCAACUUAUGUCAGACUCGCCAUUAUCGGCUCCGGUUAUAAAGCAGCACAAACGACAACAACUUGUCGUGACAAGCAAGAACCCUCAAGUCGUUGA